AUGUCGUCCCCCAACCCUGAGGAUGUCCCCCAGGAAGGUGAGCCAGAGCCGUCAAGCUCCAAGAAGAAAAAGAAGAAAAGAAGGUGGCCACAGCAAAAGGCCAGCAUCCAAGCCUUCACCCGGGCUGGACAUGGGGCCCUGCAGGCUGGCCAGAACCACGAGGCCUUGACCAGCUUCCAAAGGGCCUUCCUUCUGGCCUCCAAGGCUCCACACACCAGAGAUAUCCCUGUGCUGCGGGCCUGUGCAUUCAACCUGGGCGCAGCCUAUGUGGAGACAGGAGACCCCGCUACAGGCCUCGAGCUGCUCCUGCGAGCCCAACCUGAGGAGAAGGCACAGGGCAGGCAUCAUGGCGACCAGUGUUUUAACGUGGCUUUGGCCUACCAUGCCCUCGGCGAGCUGCCUCAAGCUUUGGCCUGGUACCACAGGGCUCUGGGCCACUACCAGCCACAGGGCGACCAGGGGGAAGCCCAGGCAAAAAUGGGUGCCUGCUACCAAGCUCUGGGAGAGCCCAAGCUUGCAGCUCGCUGCCUGCGGGAAGCAAGUCAGGCCUAUGCCCAAGCAAGGCGGCCCCGGGCCGCAGCACUGGCCCUGGGGGCUGCAGCAGGGUGUAUGCUGAAGAGCGGACAGCACGGGGUAGGUGAAGUUCUGCAGGUGCUGGAGGAGAGCCGGAGGCUGGCUGAGAGCAGCUCUGAGCAGGGACUGCUGGGGCACCUCUACAAUGACCUAGGCCUGGGCUACUCCCAGCUCCAGCUGUUCCCACUAGCCGUGGAGGCCUUCCUGCAGGCCUUGCCCCUGUGCCGGACGCCAGGAGAGCAGGCCACAGUGCUGAGAAACCUUGGGAUGGCCCACACCGCUCUCGGCAACUAUCCAGAAGCUCGAGACUUUCACCAGAAGGCUGCCGACCUGCAUGGCUCUGUGGGGCAGCGGUGGGAGCAGGGCCGGAGCUUCGGCAGCCUGGCCUUUGCGCUGAGCCAGUUGGGGGACCACACAACCGCCAGAGACAACUACCUGCAUGCCCUGCAGGCUGCACGGGACGCUGGGGACGUGAAGGGGCAGUGGCAAGCCUGUGAGGGGCUGGGGGCUGCUGCGGCCAGACUGGGACAGUAUGACCAGGCCUUGAAGUACUACAAGGAAGCGCUGGCCCAAUGUCAGAAGGAGUCAGAUUCGGUGCGAGAACGGCUGGUGGCCAAGCUAGCUGACGCCAUGAGGACCCACUUGGCCCAGGUGAGGCUGGUCGACUCACACCUUGUUCCAGGAACACUGAAUCACUCCCACCAUCUACCCUCUAGUCGGCCCGUGUGUACCAAGCACCAACCCUGGAGAGGUCGGUCCUUGGCACCCUCCGUGCAUAGUCCAGGACCGGGGGCCCGUCUUCCAUUUGGAGGUCCAGGCCCUCCCAGAGUGGAGUACCCUGGCACCCUGGUACCCGAUGGCCCUCAAGCCAACAGGUCAGCCACGUGGCCCAGGGAAGCCCUCAGCAGGAGCCCUCAGAGGAAGCCCACUACAUCUGGCUUCUGCACCAUCAUGUGA